AUGCAGCGACCGCGCGCCCUGCAUGUCUUGCACGUGCCAUCGACAAGUGCGCUCCUCGCCCACGACAAGAUCCGCCUCUCCAAGCCCGAACAAGUGAGCGGGUACAGCUUGCAUCCAGACGGCCACCUCACCUUUGACCGCGCGUCCCUGAAAGAGCUGCGGCCGGCCAAAAUUGGCGCCAACCUCCUCCAUGGCUUUGAGCACCAUGUCGAGACGAACGAGGAUGCGUCGCCGUCGCUCCAGCCGAUCCUCGACGCCAUGCUGCCGGCGAACCGCCACGCGCACCACGCCGACGCGCACCUGCCGCUGCCCCGCCUCCCGGCCGCGAUCGACAUUGUUACGUUUCGCAACAACCUCAACAAGAUCUUGGGCACGCCGUACAACAGCAACAGCCCGUACGCGUUCCACGUGCAGCGGCGCGGGCGCACGCUCUUCUUCAACAUCCAGCACGAGCGCGAUACGAACGGCGACAUGCAUCCCGCGCAAGCCAAGGGCGCGUACGCCGGCCGCCAAUACGAGGCGAUCGCGAGCCACGGGUCACCCGGCGAGUACUGCGGCCUCUUUACGAUGCUGCUCGGGUCGACGCAGCUGCUCGUUGGCGCCGAGUUGGACGGCGUCGACGUCCGUGGCGACUAUGUGGAGCUCAAGACGUACAAGCUGCUGCAGACGAGCAAGGACCGGUUCUCGUUUGAGCGCUUCAAGUGUCUCGCGUUCUGGAUCCAGUCGUACCUUGUCGGCGUCGGGCGCAUCCGCUGCGGGUUCCGGAGCACCGACUGCAAGCUCGUCAAGGAGCAGACGUUUGCCACGUCCCAGCUGCCGGCGUUUGGCGCCAAGUACUGGCAACCCAACGUGUGCCUGAGCUUUGCCAAGCUCGUGUUUGCGUGGCUUCAUGACAAGGUGCCGGACGACAAGACGUACGAAGUGCGCUACGACCCGCGCGCCCGGGCACUCUCGCUGUUGGCGUUGCCCGACUCGAUGGCCUUCCUGCCAACGUCGGUCGGUGCCAACUGGCCCGAGGAGGGUCCGACGACGCCAUGA